AUGCUGCAGAAUGGUGGCGAGGACUGUGAACGGUGGCACUUGCUGGUAAGAUACCGGUACAACUGCCAGGGCAGGUACAACUGCCAGGACAGGUACAACUGCCAGGACAGGUACAACUGCCAGGACAGGUACAACUGCCAGGACAGGUACAACUGCCAGGACAGGUACAACUGCCAGGACAGGUACAACUGCCAGGACAGGUACAACUGCCAGGACAGGUACAACUGCCAGGACAGGUACAACUGCCAGGACAGGUACAACUGCCAGGACAGGUACAACUGCCAGGACAGGUACAACUGCCAGGACAGGUACAACUGCCAGGACAGGUACAACUGCCAGGACAGGUACAACUGCCAGGACAGGUACAACUGCCAGGACAGGUACAACUGCCAGGACAGGUACAACUGCCAGGACAGGUACAACUGCCAGGACAGGUACAACUGCCAGGACAGGUACAACUGCCAGGACAGGUACAACUGCCAGGACAGGUACAACUGCCAGGACAGGUACAGCUGCCAGGACAGGUACAACUGCCAGGACGGGUACAACUGCCAGGACGGGUACAACUGCCAGGACGGGUACAACUGCCAGGACGGGUACAACUGCCAGGACGGGUACAACUGCCAGGACGGGUACAACUGCCAGGACGGGUACAACUGCCAGGACGGGUACAACUGCCAGGACGGGUACAACUGCCAGGACGGGUACAACUGCCAGGACGGGUACAACUGCCAGGACGGGUACAACUGCCAGGACGGGUACAACUGCCAGGACGGGUACAACUGCCAGGACGGGUACAACUGCCAGGACGGGUACAACUGCCAGGACGGGUACAACUGCCAGGACGGGUACAACUGCCAGGACGGGUACAACUGCCAGGACGGGUACAACUGCCAGGACGGGUACAACUGCCAGGACGGGUACAACUGCCAGGACGGGUACAACUGCCAGGACGGGUACAACUGCCAGGACGGGUACAACUGCCAGGACGGGUACAACUGCCAGGACGGGUACAACUGCCAGGACGGGUACAACUGCCAGGACAGGUACAAUAGGUAG